UGACGUCACACACUGCAGCUGGAAAAAUGGCGUUCGGUGGUUUUCUGCGGCUCCCGCUGCGAGUUUCCAUCAGGAAUACGGGAUUAAUGACCCGUAAACCCGGUUCGAAGACAUCCGCCGUAUUCAGAAACGUUCAGAGCAGGCCUGUGGUGUCUACAGCGUCGGGGGCCAUCCUCCCGAAGCCGGAUAAAACGCCUUUCGGUCUCAUCCGCAUGACAGCGGUGGUGAUCCCUUUCCUCUAUGUGGGAACUCUGAUCAGCAAGAACUUUGCAGCUCUCUUGGAGGAGCAUGACAUCUUUGUCCCUGAAGAUGACGAUGACGACGAUUGAGCUUUACGUUUGCAACAUAAUAAGAGGGUGCUUUUGUAAUAUCAACCAAAAGAAUACCAGCCAGCGCAGAGAAGAUGGGGAAGAGGAGGCACCUUGACUUUCAAAUAAAUCCUCUCCCUCCACUCAUCUUUUUCCUUGGUCCUAUGAUAUUUAUCUCGUCUUCCAGAAAUCUCAUAUCAUGUGUGGCCGUGAAAACUAUUGGCUACGGCUUCACUCCUGUUUGCAUGUUUCUGCGUGCCAACUGAAUAAACAGAGUCUUUUACGUGUGGAAAAAA